UACUUUGACUUGGUGAAAAUGUAAAAAAGUAAAAGUGUCAAAAAGAUUUCAUAUCGGCGAGGUCAGAGAAGACCAGGAUUUUGGUAAUUUUGAUGGAUAUAAAAUACUUACCAGACACAUUUUACAAUUUUGCAAUAAACAAAAUCAAAAUUAUUUCUGGAGUUUAUUAACUUCCAGCUAAACAUUUUCAAGUCAAAAAAUGUAUUCAAUAAAAACACCGACUCUUCGCAUUGACGAAUCGGAUUUAAAGUGCAAAAAUGGUUGCGACUUUUUCGGAAAUGCAGAGUGGGAAGGAUAUUGCAGUCAGUGUCAUCGAGAACAUUUGCAGAAGCAACGGGCACAGGUGGAACAUAUUCAGCGAAUGCAAAAUCGCGAAAGUGAAAAUACAAAUAGAAUAGAAAAAAGGCGCCAACAAGACAAGAAGACAAAGCUAAUCAACCUUUCUGUAUUCCGAAAGCCUUCAUUAAGAGGAAAUGACGAACUUUUGAGGGAUUUGUUAAAAAACAAUCAUGACCUCGACAAAAUCAAACUUGAAAAUCACGAACUUAUAGCUAUUAUACAUAAAACACGAGCUGAAAGGGAUUUAAAAAAAUGUAUGAAUUUAUUUGUCAGCAAGAUUCUGCAAAACAAGGACAAAAGGAUAGAUGAUUUGUCCGAAAUAACGCAAAAUUUCUAUCAAGAGUUUGCGAAGCAAAUGGAAAAUAGCUCUGAUUAUACUGAUUUCUCGACAGAAACCAAGGAGAAACUUUUGGAUUACGUUGAAAGGUAUACGAUGACUCUGUUAUACAGAAUUCUGUUUUGCUCUCAAUAUACAACUGACGAGGAAAAAGAUUUAGCAAUUCAAAACAGAAUACGCCAACUUAAUUGGGUCAGUGGUAAAAAUUUGGAAUGCAGAAUUCACGAAACCAGCGCUGAAGUUCGGGAAUUAGUUUACACGUCAAUAACUGAUCUCUUAAAUAUGGACGCAUCAAGGGCACCUCAAGAAAAAUUGGCUUGUGUUGUUCGCUGUUGCAGAAACAUUUUUUUACUUCUGCAACAAUCUGUUGGUGCUCCUGCCUCUGCCGAUGAAUUUCUCCCAGCGUUAAUCUUCAUUGUGUUAAAAGCGAACCCAGCAAGGCUGAAGAGUAAUAUUAAUUUCAUCACCAGAUUUUGCAACGCAAGCAGAUUAAUGACUGGCGAGGCGGGUUACUACUUUACUAAUUUGUGCUGCGCGGUUUCUUUUAUUGAGAAUCUAACAGCAGAAUCUCUAAACAUGGCAGAAAAGGACUUCAACGCCUAUAUGUCCGGUGAGCGAGUACCUGCUAAUACUUGGGAUUCCGCUCUCAUGAUAUGCGAGAACUUGCACUUGACGUGCGAAGACGUGACUUUACUCAACGAAUUAAAAAAAAAUAACGACGAUAUUAUAAGAGAAGCAUAUGGAUUGCAGAAUCAGAUGAUUGAAUUUAGAGAAAGAAUCGAAGCAGAAGUAAAUGAAGUUAUUGUAAGAACGCCUCUUUUAAUCACACGAAGCCAAAAAAUUCCAACCGAUCUAGACUCUGAGGAUAUAGAAAGUUAUCAGUUACCUCCUCCUAUCAUCCCACAGAUAUAUUCACAUUCGGUUGAUUCCAAGGAGGAUUUGUUAGCGACACAAUCAGACAACUCAAAGGCUGCAUUCGAUGACUUUGUAACUCCAUCUGCGACCUUUGACUUUACAGCUUUUGUCAGUAAUUAUACUCUCGACAGUGGCAAAGGAGAUGAUGAAACUAGUCUUAUUAGUUUGGAUUCUCAAAACGACAUGGUUGAUUGUCCGCUUGCGGAAAAAGGUUCCACAGACAGUUUGUUGGACGAUUCGCAAACCGCUGAUUCAAACUUACCUUCGCCAAUGAAACCCAUUUCCUCAAACCAGGAAUAUUACCAUGGCUUCAGUAUUCAAGGUUCUAAUAUACCUACAAUUCCAUGCAGCACAGGAGAUCUAUCCUUAAACCCAAUGGACUUUGAAUCUGAAAAUUAUUCCGGUUUUCAAAAGUUAUAAAACUCAAUAAAUUAUUAAACAAUUCGCAACUUUUAUGAAAAUUUAUCUGCCUCAAAAUUGUCAAGUUUCCAAAAAUUUUGAGGCUCUUAAUUGAGAUAAGGAACUGAUUAUUUUGUACAUAUACUUGUAGGAACUAGGAAAGAAGCUUGACAGUUUGUGACGAAUUAAUUCUUUAAAAUACAACAAAUUUAGACAUUUGUGAUUUUCAGAAAUUUAAAAAACUUUGAAGAUUUCUUUGGCUAGUUAAUAGUUUUACUAAAAUAUUAUUUUCUAUUGCUUUGUGAUUUGAUGAAUACAUCUCAUUAUGUAAUUCAUAAUAGUGAAUCUAUUGUAAUAUUCAUAUUUUUAUUUAUUUACUUAUAGAAAAAUGGUCAUUUUUAAUAAUUUAUGUACAUAGACCUGUUGUGUAAUUGCUAUUACUGGAAAGUAAAAAAAUAUUCCACACGAUAAAA